AUGCGGUCUCCGCGCGCUCACACAGACACAUCAACCGUGCAUGCAGAAGAGACGCAAAAGCGCAGACGUGUGCACUUCUGUCUCGCUAUGGGUGUGCGGGGACAUUUGUGAAUCAUUUUGGACCUUAGCAUCUUGUAGGAAUCGUUUUGUCGGGUUUUCCUGUGGUCUCCUAUCUUGAAAACCCAUUUUGAAGGAAAUUCGUUUAUCUUUGUGAAGGACGCGGCACCGGUGUUUUCUCACGGCCCGCGGCAGAGUUACGCGUCUGAGGACUUUUUGGAUUGAGAAUCUGUUUGAAAGGGGACGGGAAAAUGUUACUCUCCAAGUUUGGAUCUUUUUCCCAUAUUUGCAGCACGACCAACAUCGAUCACUUACCGGUGAAAAUCCAACUUCAAGCAGUGAAGACUGAACGGGAGCCUUUUGACAAGAUCUAUCAUGUGGGGUCGGUGCUUGGAAGUGGAGGGUUUGGGACGGUGUACUCUGGUACACGGAUCUCAGACGCGUUACCGGUUGCUAUAAAACACGUCGCCAAGGAGAGAGUCACCGAAUGGGGUACAAUUAACGGGUCGCUGGUUCCACUGGAGAUCGUUUUGCUGAAAAAAGUGGGAACUACCUUUCAAGGGAUCAUCAAACUCAUAGAUUGGUAUGAGAGACCCGACGGAUGGUUGAUUAUAAUGGAGCGGCCGGAGAUGGUGAAAGAUUUAUUCGACUACAUCACCGAGAAGGGCGCGCUAGAUGAGGACACCGCCCGGGGCUUCUUCAGACAGGUUUUGGAAGCGGUUCGGCACUGCUACACCUGCGGUGUGGUUCACAGAGAUAUCAAAGACGAAAACCUCCUGGUGGAUUUACGCACGGGAGAUCUGAAGCUCAUCGACUUCGGCUCCGGGGCGAUCCUCAAGGACACGGUGUAUACAGACUUUGAUGGCACACGAGUCUAUAGUCCCCCUGAGUGGAUACGGUACCAUAGGUACCACGGACGCUCGGCAACCGUGUGGUCCCUGGGCGUCUUGUUGUAUGACAUGGUCUGUGGUGAUAUCCCCUUUGAACACGAUGAGGAAAUUCUGAGAGGCCGGCUUUUUUUCAGGAGAAGAAUCUCUCCAGGAUGUCAGCAGCUCAUCAAAUGGUGCCUUUGCUUGAGACCUUCAGACAGGCCCACUUUGGAGCAAAUUUUCGAGCAUCCGUGGAUGCGUACAGAGGAGCAGCCGAAAACAGAAAGUGGCGACAUUACACUUCACACCAUCAGCACAGAAUCAGGCUCCAGUUCGAGCAAAGAAAGCCUUUGACAGCCCUGGAGUUGCUGAGUGAAUGGACUUCUUUGUCCUUAUUCCCAGUUUCCAUUGGUUAUCUGGACUUAAAUUUAUGUUGCAUAGAUGUCUUUUGUUUUUCUUGCCAUGAUGAUUACAUGAGCAGUAAUGCUGGUAAUCCUAUGAUCUUACUGGUUGCUCUUAUAGAGCUUGGACAUUAUUUUUCUUUUAGACUCUUUUAGUUUUCGGUGCCUUUUUUGAAAAGCUGCUUUUAUGGGAUUCAAGUCACGACGGAAACCAGGUGGAUUUUCAUGGAUUUUAGGGGAAUUCCCCUGAAAUCAUGGUAACAUUCAUAGACUGAAUCUAGUUAUGUGGUGGGUCUCCCUUGCCCUCUAGUGGUUGAAUACUUGAAGUACACACUUACUACUCUCUUAACAGUAUCUUUCUCUGCUGCUCUGCCAUUCAUAUUCACGAUUUCUACGGUUUUCCCUUCUGUUACUUUCUGAAUGUCUUCCACAACUUCAUCUCUUUUGGCGCCACUUUCAAGACUUUGUUUUUGCCGAGACUGGAGUGACGUGCACAAUCAAUGCAAUAUUCAUGGACUCAUUUGUCUUUUUUUUUUUUAAUACAAGUAUUUGUAUUGUAUUUAUGUACAUUUCUUCCAUGUAUCUUAUUUAUUCAUGCAAUAGAAACAUUCCACAUUUGGUGGCUAUUUAUUUAUUUAUUCAUUUUAUACCAUCUGCAAAAAGUAAAUUGAAAUAGUUUAAUGUAAGAGUUCCCAGGCUUAUUUUUAGUUUAAUCUAAAGGAUCAUAAACACACUAAAUCUAUCUAAUACUGAUACAAAUAUAAGAAUGAGAUAUUGAUGCCAUUCUGAUAUAGUGUAAAAUUUAGAAUCAGUUUAUUAUCCAUGUGAAGUGGAGGUGAAAGUGUUUUAGUCCUUCCACUGUGACAGUGUGGAUUUUUUUUUUUUUUGAUCUGGUGGAACAUUUAUUUUUUAUAUUGGACACAAUAAAUUUCUUUCUUACGUAAA